AACAACAACAACAACAACAACAACUCUUUCAUUUCAUACUAACGCCAUGUCGGUCCUGAGCUUAUUUAACCUGGCGGCUGUGUCCGUGCUGACAGUCGUACAAUUUGCUAUGGGUCUAGUUAUGUUCCAACUCAAUAUCAUCCGCCAUCUCCUCAUAACACCCUUAUAUCUUGCCCUAUAUAUAGUAGGAUAUACGGUAUUUGUAAAGAUCCCCGUAGUGUUACCAUUACGCUAUUUGCUUGAACUUGAUGAUGAGUUCCGGUCGUACGGCGAUGUGGCCGAAUCAGAAGAGUUGAAGUGGCUCAUGAGUCAAGUGCAGUUAUUUGUACUUGAAGUAAUUCAUUUUGGAUUAGCUAGCAUUGUGAUCGGGGUAUUUGUGGGAGCAGCAGUAUCGGUGGGCUUACGGGUGAUUUCUGUUGUGUUUAACGAGGAGAAUUUGGAGUUUGUAUGGGCUGUUAGUAGUGGUUUAACUGCUGGUGGUAUUACAGAUAGUGGCAUUAAUAAUAGUAGUAAAGGAGGUGUUAGUGGUAGUGGUAGUGGUAGAACUGGUACUGGAAAGACUUUUGGUAGUGGAGAUAAAGUUUCAAUAAGUGGGGAAAGUGAUAAUGUAUCGGCAAUUGUAGAUAUAGUGAAUACUGUAUUGGUUCCACCCAAGCCUAGUUCAAGAGUGCCAAAUGAUGGGCUAGAGUCAACAUUACGGAAGAUUAGACAGAGACGUCGGGCACCAAGUGCACAUAUAUAUGAAGAUGAUGAUGGAUAUAAUUAUACUAGCUAUAAUAGGGUAUCUCGAGUACGAGAAGAAGACGGUAAAGAAGGUGGUGUUGGGGAUAUUAUAGGUAAGACUACUACUGAUAUUUUUACUGGUGCGGCUAGAGAUGUUAAUGAAGAGACUACAAUAAAUACUGUUGAAGACACUAUUGAAGAUAUUGCUAAAACUACUAGUAAUACUACUGUUGAAACGGCUUCAGACACAGAAGUUACAGAAGGUACAGAAGUUACAGAAGUCACAGAUCCAGAUACACGUUUAUCCCUCAACUACACCCUCGACACAACCAUGGAAAAGAUCGAUGAAGCCGACGAAGACCAGCCAGAGUCCGUCCCACAAAGAUCUCCCUACCGUAGCACAUCAACUUAAGUAUAUGGUAAUAAGCAAUAAUAUAGUAAUAAUAUAGUAACGAAGAUGUAAUAAUAAUAAUAAUAAUAUAGGAACUAAUAAGUAAUAUAUACAUAUUCUAUGGUAAACCUUCCCAAUUAGGAAUGUCG